CCACCAAUUUUGUGUUCACCCGGUGGAACAAUUUCUCUCACACAUACACCACGGCGGAGGGAGCCAUUCAGAUAACGCCAGUCACGGCGGCUCCACCAUGGAAAAGCUUAUCCACAACCACAGCCACCAACUCUACCUCAAACCCCGCCCAUGUUUCCCCCAGCUAGCCCGAUUCCAACCCACUAAACUCGUCAAUCUCUCCCACUUUAGCCUCCGAGUCAACUCAGUGUCCUGCAAACAUGAACAAGCCCCCUCAUUUGAUUCUUCAUCACCGGUAAUCAAACCUCCAGCAACAGAUUCAGCUAAUAUUAAGGGCUCUGAUACACCCAAACCCCAUUUUCUACAGCAAUUCUUGCAGGCAUUUACUCAUCAACAGAAGGUAACGGCUAUCGGAACAGCAAUUCUAAUUUCAGCUCUCGUUUUCAUGGUCCAACCACUUUUUGUCUCACCAGCAUUUGCCUCGUUCCAAACCGCGCCGAACACAGGCCCGGGCCCACUUGUGCGAAGCGAGCUGCUAAGUAGUGCAUGGACUGGUUUCUUAGCCGGUUGCCUGCACACAUUAUCUGGACCCGACCACCUAGCCGCUUUAGCCCCACUCUCAAUCGGGCGGUCACGAGUGGAGAGUGCACUCGUGGGAGCCCUCUGGGGCUGCGGGCACGAUGCCGGGCAGGUAAUGUUUGGUUUACUUUUUUUACUCUUAAAAGACCAACUCCAUAUCGAGAUUAUAAGAACAUGGGGCACACGGGUUGUCGGUUUUACCCUUCUUGUAAUCGGGGCUAUGGGAAUUCGUGAAGCCUCAGAAAUCCCGGCCCCUUGUGUUGCCCUCGAGAAUGGGGAGUGCGAUGUCAGCGUUUCCUUACCGGACCCCACAAUAAGCAGGAAGAAAAAGAUCGGGUUUGCAACUUUCGCAACGGGUAUAAUCCACGGGUUACAACCUGAUGCACUUCUGAUAGUUCUGCCUGCACUUGCACUCCCAUCACGUUUGGCAGGUGCAGCUUUUUUAGGUAUGUUUUUGGUGGGGACGGUUAUUGCAAUGGGAAGCUACGCAUUUUUUAUCGGAUCAUUUAGCCAGGCAUUGCAAGAUCGGAUCCCGAGAGUCACCGAGAAGCUAACGUGGAUUUCGUCGAUGGUGGCCAUAGCGUUAGGGCUGGGGAUUAUUGUCAGUCAGUGUUUUGGGUUCAGCUUGUAUUGAUCUUGAAAUUCUUUUAUUGAGCUUAAGAGGACAUUUACAUAUUAGCAGAAGCAGCAACAGAAAAUGUUCUUAUAGAUGUACCACGUGCAUGAUUGUUUGUACUUUGUUAUUAUGUGUUUAUACAUCUCCGUGUCCGCCUGCCUGUUUGGAUGGUA